UUUCCUCAAUUUACAUGUUUAAUUUGUUUUUUAAUUUUAAAUAUGACUUUAGAAAUUUUGAGUAACUGAGUCAGAGUCUGUAAAAAUACAGAGGGAUUUAGUGAGGCUCAAAGCAGUACAAAAAUAAAUCAACAUGGUUAGAUGUAUAUGAAGUUUAUUAUUAAAAUCUUGCGCGUUAAUUUACUCCAACUUUUUAUUAUUUUCUACUUUUUUUUUACUUAAGCUCAGGCAGAGUUAAAAUGGAAAAAAACCCUACAUUUGAACAUGCUUUUAAUACUGCACCCUAGGACUUCCCUGGUGGUCCAGCGGUCAAGACUCCACACUUCCACUGCAGGGAGCCAUGGGUUCGAUCCCUGGUAGGGGAACUAAGAUCGCGCAUGCGCUGUGCGGCCAAAAAAACCCACAAAACCCUGCACCCUAGAUCUGGGUGUUGGUAAACUCCCCCCUAUUUUUAUAAGUAAAAUUUUAUUGGAACACAGCUAUGCGCUUUCAUUUACACAUUAUCUGUGUUUGCUUUCCAACUCUGGCUACAGAGUUGAGAGUAGCUAUAUAGCUAAUGGCCACAAACCCUAUAAAAUACUUAGUAUUUUUUCCUGUUAGGCAACCUUGCCUACUCUUUCCCUGGAUCCUUCCUUUUUGUCAACUUCACAUGUGUAAAACUCAGAAGCCCUUAGGUUCUCUUGGUAAUAGAGCGUACUUUUAAUGGAUUUCAUUGUUAGUAAUUCAGAUAAAUGAAGUAAUUAUUGAGCUUUCCUUAAACUUGAAAGGCCAAUAAAAAGUUUUUCUUCAUACUGGGGUUUUGCCUUGAUAUUAGAAGGUUUGGUUACUACUACUACUGUGGAAUUUCUAAUUCCCCAUCUGAGAAAUAGUGGGAAAAGAGUUAGUGGUAAGACUGUAGAAAUGAAUUUGGAUGAAUUCUCAAAAGCAUUUAUUAUUGACAAAACUUUUUAGGUAUGAUAGUUACUUAGUAGUUUCAUAAAAGUAAUUUUUCGAAUCACAUUCGGGAAUCUAGAUUCUAGAUGAUAAUCUUUGCUUCUAAUUGCUACUUGAACAUCUAUUUGUAUAAAUGGCUGCUAGGGCCUGUAAAAUAGUGAAGGUUUUUCUUUUUUUUCGAUGGGGGAUGGUGAGAGCAGAGAUGAAAACUUUACUAAUGUAGUGUAAUUUAUUGACUUCAUGCCUUAUAUUUUAAAACGAUUGCCUGGCACAUAGUGGAUGCUCAAUAAAUACUUGUUGAUUUAUUGUAUAUACUUGCUAUUAAGCAUUACCAACUAGUGUUUUGGGUCUAAUCUAGUAAAAAGUGAAAUUCAUUAUUUAUAAUGCUUUAAAUACUAAUUUUUAGGUAUGCUUGAAUGCCAAAACUUUGACUCAGUAAAAACUUUAAAGUUAAAAGAAACCACAACUUUCAAUCUUUCAUGGACAUGUAGUCAAGUUUUAAACUAAAAUGGGAUAAUGGAAGAUUUGAUUUGAUUGUAAAAACCUUAAGUAAGAUGACUUUUUCUUAGUCAGCAUAGUUGAACAACAUAGUUUAGCAAUGUUUUGAACCACAGCUGGCUGGGUUUUUUGUAGUUAGUUUUUAUGCCCACUUUAUUUAGGACCCAGACUUGUUAAUAAGUUUUAAUCCUGCUGAGGAGUCAAGCUUUUUUGGUAAUAAGACAAAAUAUGUGAAGUCAGUAUUAAAUGUUUUCAAAUUUAAAGACAAUACGAAGAUUGAAAUUGUCAUAAGUACCAAGAAGCUUAAUUACACGAUGAGAAUGAUCAUCAUGUAAGCAUCAAUUUCUGCUUAUUGUAAUUUUGUACCCAUUUGUCCCACUGGUUUUACAGUAACAAAUUGUAGUAUUUAUUAGAGCCACUUGUUUAAAAAAUUAAGAGUCAUUAGUCUUUUUCCUUGUACUCUUUCCCUGUCCCGCACAUUUUUUGUUGCUAUUAAAAUGGGGGUUUGCUGGGAAGUAGAGGUAAGGAAAUUGAACCCCUCUUAAACACAUUCAGUAAUGAAUCACUUGCUUGCAUUUCAAAUAACAACUUAUUUUACAAUAUUCCAGUGUUUUUUUUGAACAAAUUUACUGAAUUAGAAUUUAAGACCUCCUUGCUCAAUUUUAUGUUUUUAAUUUCUGGAUGUAUAGUAUUUGGGGAUUUUAAGCAGUAGCAGGUACUUAUGUCCUUCUUACCAUAAAAGUUUUUUCUUCCUGGAAAUUACCUUAGAACAAGCAAUUUGUUCUUAAAAAAAGGAGGUAUAAAAUAGUGAAAACAUCAUAGUGGAAAAAUUCUCCUAACUUUUCAUAGUAUUAGCUUGAAGCUUGUAUGUUUGAUGAUGGAAUUCUAGAUCAAACCAUCAUCUCUGCAGUAUGUUUCCAGUAAUUCACAAAUCUGGAAAGAUGUGGAGUAGUAGGGCUUAGAUACUAAACCCUACUCAGUUUUCUGUACUGAUCUUAUUUUAAUGCAAAAUGAAAUACUCUUUAAAGCAGAAAGUGUUUUGUCUUUUACAAGUUGACCCCAUGAUCCUAGAGCUUUCAGAGAUAUCAUGGCCACUGGAAUAUAAAUUAUUUUGAUUCAUUAAGGUUAGUUUGUUUGUAGGUCCUCAGGUACUUUGGUUACUGUGGUAUAUUGGAGGUCUAUUUAUUGAGGUCCUUCUAUAUACCAGGUAAUGUAAAAGCUAUGAAUGUACUAACUCAUUUAAUCCUCACUACUACUGCCACGUAAGGUAGGUACUACUGUUACAGAUGAAGAACUGGAUUUUGUUACCCAGAAAAUUUCCAGGGUCAGAGAACUCAUGCCUGCUUUCUUUUUCACUUUUUAACUUUGCUUAUUUGCAAAUUUAAUUUUUGCAAGAAAUUGGAAUUCCAUGAAAAUAAAUGGAUUUAUUCCUAAAUCCUUUACUGUUCUUUUAGGUGCUUUGAUAUUUGACUGAGCACUUUUGCUUAUUAACAGAAUUCUUACCUCUGGGUUUUCAUUGGCUUUAUAGGAGUGCAGAUUGAUCAUGGCUUUCUUGUAGCAUUCUUUUUCUUCUCCUCCCCCCGCCUAUUUUUUUUUUUUUUUACCAUGUUAAAUAUAUGACAGUAUAUGUGCUAGCACGACCAAUAUGCUAGUAUUUUUUAAUCUCUAUUUUUGCCACACAAACUGGUGCAUUUUAUUAAUUAGUUUUGAUACGGUUUUAAUAUCAUUUGGCUUUCUUUUGAAAUUUUUUUUAAAAAUGUCGUUUUAAAAAGAAAUUUCUUAUAGUGUCUGCGAUGAGUUUUUUACCUCUUGUGGCAGAAGAAUAUAAAGCACGGAGUUUAUCACUUAAUGUACUAGAUUGAAUAAAUUGCACCUAUAGCCAUUGAAAUGACUGUAGCUUGAUAUGAAUGCAUUAAUGUCACCGUUCAUCAUAAUAGUAUUUACAUUCCCAACUCAUUGAGAGAUUGAUCCUGCAUUGUAACAGUAGAGAUGGGGAGAAAUUGGUUUAUAAAUUAACUCUGCAAGAGGAAUGAUGGUGUUUUUACUUUUAUAUAGAAAUAUGUCCCUUAAUUGUAAGGAAUGAACAAGUGGAAGAUAUUUUACUGAUAUGGGGAAUAAAUGAGUUAUUUUUAGUUCUCCUUUUAGGCUGGAGAGAAAUCGGCAAAAAAUGUUUUGGGAGGAAUAGCUUUCGUUUGAUGUUUAUUACUGAUGUUGUGAUGCUCAUUUUCAGUAUUUUUUUUAAUGAGUGGUGGUGUCUCUUGGUUAAUCAAAUGGUUUAUUAAGUAGAUUUUUGUAUUGUAUAUAAUAGACAAAUCCUCAUUGUAGUUUUGGAAUCAAGGUACUAUCUAAUGAGCAAAAAAUGUCCUUAUAAAUCUCCUAGUCAGUCACUCAGACUUCAUUGCUAUAAAUUUAGUUGGAGAGCUGCAAAAUUUAUAAGGAAGACCAGGGUUAAAACUUAUUUUUCUAAUUAUGUUUUAUCAUGAUGAAUCAGGACCAUUUAUUUAAUGGUAAAAUAUCCUGGCUUCCUUUAAUCUCCUUACUUCAAAUUAUGUAAGCAAUGAAUUUUUUUAAAACAAUGAGGAACAUUUGAUGUUUUUGCAAUGAGAAUAUUUUAUUUGUAUUGAAUUUGAAAUCUGAUAGCAUUUUAUGGCAAAUAUCAAAUAAGGCAGGGAGAUAUUUUGCAUUUCUGAUCAUUUUGUUUUCUAGUGGCUACCUAUUUCCUGCAUUCUCGUAUAUGUAGCUAAAGAUGGUGACAUCUAUAUUGGCCAUUUGUGUUAUCUAUGCAAAAUUAAUUAAGAUCUGUUGGACUGGAAAACUGCUCUGAUCCACUGCUUCGGGUUUUUUUUAAUCCUUUAAGAUUCUUUUCCAUAUUUAGUUUUAUUUGAAGAAGCUUGGAAAGUUUUCUGCAUUGAGAUUUAGAAUCCAUAGUGUUGCUGUAAUUUAGCUUUCCAGAAUUUUUGAAUUUGAAUUUUUGUUUUCACUUCUCAUGUAGACAGUAUAACAACAUUACAUUUAACUAUUAAAAAUUUGACUCUUCACUGCCACAUUUUUAUGGUUACUGUGUAUCUGUGACAGUAAAAGAACUUUGUUACUGGUGUGCAGUUUUGCCAUGAUUCUCUUAUUGAGAAGUUGUAUGUGCAGCACAUACAACUUUAAUAUAAUACAGUUUUAUAGUUUAAAGCUGUUAUAAAAUUAUUAAAGCUUUGUGUAUGGUAAGAGUAUCUUCAAGGUGGGUGGAUGUUCUCUGAAGGAAUAAGAUUAUUGAUAUUCCAACAGCAUUUUUUUUCUUUUAAUGUUUUCAUCAAGCACCCAGUCAGCUUGAAGAGUCUCAAAUGGACCCUACCACUGAGAAAUCAAGAUGGCAGUCCACUAUGGGGAAUUGAGAAAAAUGGAUUAAUACAAGAGUGCUGUGAUAAUAUACAACCAAGACAGGGUUCUUUUAACAUGGAUUUCAUGAAAUGAAUGAAGAUAUAGGUUUCUUACCCAGCACAAAUGGACAGUGAAUUUGACUUUCUAGAGACUUUGUAUCAUUAAGAACAUUUUUGACAUUUGGAGAAGAAAGAUGGCACAUUAACAGAUGAUAGUUUGUAUGCCUGGAAUCUUUUGCAGUUUGAUCUGUAUGAGUAUGAUCUUGUGGAAUGUUAACUUUAAUAAAAUUUCUAACACUUUAAAAUUUCUCAGUUUGGGCUUUUUUUUUUUAAGCUGAAGCUUCAUUAAAUACUCGGUGUCGCCUUAAAUAACACUUUGACCUUUACAGUUGCCCAGCAGUAAAGUGUACUGAAUAAAGCUGGUAAAAUGGAAAUGGUGUACUGGAAAAUGUUUUACUUGGUUAAUAUUAUUUUUUUACAAAGUUGUGGAAAUUUGUGCUUUAAAAGAUGGUUGUCCAGUUAAAAUGCUAUUUUAUGCUUUCUUGAAACAUCUUACAAAAUUGGUUAACCAGUGGGUAAUAAUAGAAUGUUUAAUUUGCUGUGAGAUUUUAAUGAACUUUUAAAACAAAAUGCCUUUUGCCUCAAAAUUCAGCAUGAGUGAUACAGUAUUUUUCUGACUUUGUUUUGAUGGAAAAGGUCCUUUUUACCUAUACUUAUUAAAUAUUAUAAAUAAAACAUCUUGCAGAAUAUCUGAACACUUAAAUUCAACUGAAUCCUCCUAUUGUCUUAAUAGUUAAUAUUAGGUGAAGAGGUGUUGGAUUUAUAAGGGAAGGUAGGGAGGUCCUUAGGGUAUUCACAAAAGGACUUGAAAUUUUGGUGGCAAUAAUGUCUGCAAUAGAUUUUAUGAAAUAGGAUUGAUUACUGUAUUUUUAUUACUCUGUACAUUUAGGAAUUGAGAAUAAAUGAACCGCACUAUGUCAUAGAUAACUUAUGUUUGAAUCCUAGGUGAAUACUGGUUUCAUUCAUUGAUAACUAAAAUCAGUUUCAGUUACUAUUAUGGGGUGUAGUAGGCUUUUGAUAAACCAAAUGAAUUGUUGAUUAAAUUUUCCCGUUAUACAGAGAACAAGUAACAGUGCAGCUUUAAUUUUCUUUUGGCGAGAAAGUGUUAAUCAUACCAUGUUUGUGAUUAAUGUCAAAUACCAAGGUAUACAUGUAGAUGAUCAAUAUAUAUGCAGUAUUUGUUCUCAUUGGCUGAUUUGAGUUGGUUGGUUUGUAUAAAUCAAAAUUGAGAUUUUGGAUUUUGAUUUUGGUAGAGAAUUAUCUUGUAGAAAGUAUGGGAUUGAAGCUGGGUUUUGAUUAUGGAUUUUACAUUUACCUAGGUGCGACAUUGUUGCUUUUGUUGGGUAUACAUCUAAAAUGGAUUUCUCAGUGAGGGAAGGACAAUUGUUCUGGCAGAUAAUAAUGUUGAGUAAGGAAAGUUGAUUUGAUUUUUUUUGGAUGUGUGAAUGUUUUCUUGGGGUGCUUGUUGAGAAAGUGUUGAAAAAUUUGGUUUUGGCAUUAGUAAAUUUGUUUCCUUAGAUUUCACGGUUUUGAUAUUUAGGAGAAUUUGCCCUGUGACAUUACUUUGAUAACUUUCCAUCAGAUAUGACAGAUUGUUAUUAGUUUACCAUUGUUGAAAUGGGUAUAUACUUAGAAUUUGAUUAGAUAUACAAGGGAAUGGUUGAGAUAUAUGUGUUGUGUUGGUUUUGGAGGUGGAGUUUCUUGGGUUUGUUUUUUCAUGGUAGUUCCAUGCUCUUGAAUUUAAGAACAUUGUUUUGCCCAAAUCAGUGUGGUAUGAGAAUUUUUUGGGUAAGGUUUUGGCAAGGUUAUAUAAUGGGUUAAAGAAUUUUGUGAAAGUACGAAGAAAAUUUGAGAUUCUUGAAUAAAAACUAGUUACAUUAAAUUUUGCCCUAAUGCAACUGAACACUAGGGAGGCGCUCUUGAGUUGUACCCCUUUCUUCCAGUUGGGUUGGAAAAUUCCCCCUUAAACUUAGUCCUUAGAUAAUUUUUAGGCUUCCUAAAGAAGGCAAGACUUGAAUUUAAUUUAUUAAGUUGAGGUUUUGCUUUUAUUUAGAAACCAUUUUACCCAUGGUGGGGGGUAGUUUUUAAAAAGAUUAAUACUUAAGCUGAGCUUUGUAUACUCUAAGAAUUAUCCCUCUUUCAAAAUGGCUUGAUAAAACACCACUUCCUGUCCAGAGAGGAAGUUAUUUUAGCUCAAGGACUGAAAUAUUUAGCAGAUCUUUAGACAAAAGGAACAAAUUACAUUUCUCUCUGGCUUAAAAAGGGUGCUUGAGCCAGAGGGGGUUAAGAAACCCUCCCCCCUCCCCCUGAUGGGGUGGUCUGGAGGGGCAGGGAGAGGUGGGGGUAGGGGUCCUUAGGCUCCCUGGGAUGGAGGAUCUUUUUUUUUUUUUUUUUUUUUUUUUGGUGGAGAUGAAGGGGUGGGUCUAUGGUACAUCACCUGAGUUGUGGGGUAAAUGUAGAGAGUGUCAAUCAAAGGCAGAGCUCUCAGAGCUGGGAAGGAGGCUCUAGAUGGCGGCUGUGCCUUAGAGAGAGCGCGCUCUGCUCCCUGCCUUCGCCUCACUUUACGCAACUUUCCCUAACUUUCAGGCAGCCUCAGGGGGCCCCCGCAGCCCCCUGCCUGUCCUGGUGACUUACUGGGGUCGAUUCGAACCUUUUUUAGGGAGAAAAGCAGCUUUUGGGAGCUUUCUUUUCGUGCCUUGUUGGAAAGAAGCAGCCGUACUGAGAGCCCAGGUCGUUGUUUUUUCCAGCUUAGAAGCCAUGGCGCACCUCCAUUUUUGUGCGCUCUCCUAAUGAGGUUUUUUUUCUUCCGGACCCGUUUUAGGAUUAAUUGUUGCUGUAUUUUUUUGACCAGUUAACAUAUUUGAGGAUAAUUUUAUUUAUUUUUUGUUUUUUAACGGAGAAUUUUGUUUUUAUUUUUAAUUAUUUGGAUCUGAUAUUUUUCUACUACUAGAUAGGACUCUUGCUUUGGACCUACUACAUGGAUCAGUAAAUACCUGGGCACAGGACUUCAAAGCAAACACAGAUUCCCCCUCCCCCUUAAUAUUUAAGAAUUAAAAGAUGAUGAGAAAUAAGGACAAAAGCCAAGAGGAGGACAGUUCGCUACACAGCAAUGCAUCGAGUCAUUCAGCAUCUGAAGAAGCUUCGGGUUCAGACUCAGGCAGCCAGUCGGAGAGUGAGCAGGGCAGCGAUCCAGGAAGUGGACAUGGCAGCGAGUCAAACAGUAGUUCUGAAUCUUCGGAGAGUCAGUCAGAAUCUGAAAGUGAAUCGGGAGGUUCCAAAUCCCAGCCAGUUCUUCCAGAAGCCAAAGAGAAGCCAGCCUCUAAGAAGGAACGGAUAGCUGAUGUGAAGAAGAUGUGGGAAGAAUAUCCUGAUGUUUAUGGGGUUAGGCGGUCAAACCGAAGCAGACAAGAACCAUCACGAUUUAAUAUUAAGGAGGAGGCAAGUAGCGGGUCUGAGAGUGGGAGCCCAAAAAGAAGAGGCCAGAGGCAGCUGAAAAAACAGUCUUACGUGCAUGUUCUUUCAAGCUUGUUUCCUGUGAAACCACUUCUCUCCAGUUUGACUGUAGAAAAAUGGAAACGGGAGCCCUCAGAAGAUGAACAGGAACAAGGCACCAGUGCAGAGAGCGAACCAGAGCAAAAAAAAGUGAAAGCCAGAAGACCUGUCCCCAGAAGAGCAAUGCCCAAACCUCGUGUUAAAAAGCAACCUAAGACGCAGCGUGGAAAGAGGAAAAAGCAAGAUUCUUCUGACGAUGAGGAUGAAGAUGACGAAGCUCCCAAAAGGCAGACUCGCCGCAGAGCGGCUAAAAAUGUUAGUUAUAAAGAAGACGAUGACUUUGAGACUGACUCAGAUGACCUCAUUGAAAUGACUGGAGAAGGAGCUGAUGAACAGCAGGAUAAUAGUGAAACUAUUGAAAAGGUCUUAGAUUCAAGGCUGGGAAAGAAAGGAGCCACUGGAGCUUCUACUACUGUGUAUGCAGUUGAAGCUAACGGAGACCCUAGUGGCGACUUUGACCCUGAAAAGGAUGAAGGCGAAGUCCAGUACCUCAUCAAGUGGAAGGGCUGGUCGUAUAUCCAUAGCACGUGGGAGAGUGAAGAGUCCUUACAGCAGCAGAAAGUGAAGGGCCUAAAAAAACUAGAGAACUUCAAGAAGAAAGAGGAUGAAAUCAAGCAAUGGUUAGGGAAAGUUUCUCCUGAAGAUGUGGAAUAUUUCAACUGCCAACAAGAGCUGGCCUCAGAGCUGAACAAACAGUAUCAGAUAGUAGAAAGAGUAAUAGCUGUGAAGACGAGCAAAUCUACACUGGGUCAAACAGAUUUUCCAGCUCACAGUCGGAAGCCGGCACCUUCCAACGAACCUGAAUAUCUAUGCAAAUGGAUGGGACUGCCCUAUUCAGAGUGCAGCUGGGAAGAUGAAGCCUUGAUUGGAAAGAAAUUCCAGAGCUGCAUCGACAGCUUCCAUAGUCGGAACAACUCAAAAACCAUCCCAACAAGAGAAUGCAAGGCCCUGAAGCAGAGACCACGAUUUGUGGCUUUAAAGAAACAGCCGGCAUAUUUAGGAGGAGAGAAUCUGGAGCUCCGAGAUUAUCAGCUAGAAGGUCUCAACUGGCUUGCUCAUUCUUGGUGCAAAAGUAACAGUGUAAUCCUUGCUGAUGAAAUGGGCCUAGGAAAGACCAUCCAGACCAUAUCAUUCCUCUCCUACCUGUUCCACCAACACCAGCUGUAUGGCCCCUUUCUUAUAGUCGUCCCUUUAUCCACCCUCACCUCAUGGCAGAGGGAGUUUGAAAUCUGGGCACCAGAGAUUAACGUAGUGGUUUACAUAGGUGACCUGAUGAGCAGAAAUACGAUACGAGAAUAUGAAUGGAUUCACUGUCAGACCAAAAGGCUGAAAUUCAAUGCACUUAUAACAACAUAUGAGAUCCUCUUAAAAGAUAAGACUGUGCUGGGCAGUAUUAACUGGGCCUUUCUGGGAGUGGACGAAGCCCAUCGGUUGAAGAAUGAUGACUCUUUAUUGUAUAAAACUCUGAUUGAUUUCAAGUCCAACCAUAGGCUCCUGAUUACGGGGACCCCUCUUCAGAAUUCCCUCAAAGAGCUCUGGUCCUUGCUGCACUUUAUUAUGCCGGAGAAGUUUGAGUUCUGGGAAGAUUUUGAGGAAGACCAUGGGAAAGGGAGAGAGAAUGGCUAUCAGAGUCUUCAUAAGGUGCUAGAGCCUUUCCUUCUCCGGAGAGUGAAAAAAGAUGUGGAGAAAUCCCUUCCUGCCAAAGUGGAACAGAUUCUCAGGGUGGAGAUGUCAGCCCUACAGAAACAGUAUUACAAAUGGAUUCUGACUAGAAAUUACAAGGCUCUUGCCAAAGGAACAAGAGGCAGCACAUCUGGUUUCCUUAAUAUUGUGAUGGAACUGAAAAAGUGCUGCAACCACUGUUAUCUCAUUAAACCUCCCGAAGAAAACGAAAGGGAAAAUGGACAGGAGAUUCUUCUGUCCUUGAUCAGGAGCAGUGGGAAGCUGAUUCUAUUAGAUAAACUGUUGACAAGACUUCGAGAAAGAGGGAACAGAGUCCUUAUCUUCUCCCAGAUGGUGAGAAUGUUGGAUAUCCUGGCUGAGUACCUGACUAUUAAGCACUAUCCUUUCCAGCGUCUGGAUGGUUCCAUCAAGGGAGAAAUCCGAAAACAGGCACUGGACCACUUCAAUGCAGAUGGGUCUGAGGACUUCUGUUUCCUGCUCUCGACAAGGGCUGGUGGCCUGGGAAUCAAUUUGGCUUCAGCGGACACAGUUGUCAUCUUUGAUUCUGACUGGAACCCCCAGAACGACUUGCAGGCACAAGCCCGAGCCCACAGAAUUGGUCAGAAGAAGCAGGUAAAUAUUUACCGCUUGGUUACAAAGGGGACCGUGGAGGAAGAGAUCAUAGAACGGGCCAAAAAGAAGAUGGUAUUGGACCAUCUGGUGAUUCAGCGCAUGGAUACCACUGGCCGGACAGUUCUGGAAAACAACUCUGGAAGGUCCAAUUCAAAUCCUUUUAAUAAAGAAGAGCUGACUGCGAUUUUGAAAUUUGGAGCAGAGGAUCUCUUCAAAGAACUCGAAGGGGAGGAAUCAGAGCCUCAGGAAAUGGAUAUAGAUGAAAUUUUGCGCUUGGCUGAAACCAGAGAGAAUGAAGUCUCAACAAGUGCAACAGAUGAGCUUCUGUCACAAUUUAAGGUUGCCAACUUCGCAACAAUGGAGGAUGAAGAAGAACUAGAAGAGCGUCCUCACAAGGACUGGGAUGAGAUCAUUCCAGAGGAGCAAAGGAAGAAAGUAGAGGAGGAAGAGCGGCAGAAAGAGCUGGAAGAAAUUUAUAUGUUGCCUCGAAUUCGGAGUUCCACUAAAAAGGCUCAGACAAAUGACAGUGACUCUGAUACUGAGUCUAAGAGGCAGGCGCAGAGAUCCUCUGCCUCUGAGAGUGAGACAGAUGACUCUGAUGACGACAAGAAGCCCAAGCGCAGAGGGCGCCCCCGAAGUGUGCGGAAGGACCUCGUGGAGGGAUUCACUGAUGCCGAGAUCCGGAGGUUCAUCAAGGCGUAUAAGAAGUUUGGUCUCCCUCUUGAACGGCUGGAGUGCAUAGCACGUGAUGCUGAGUUGGUAGAUAAGUCUGUAGCAGAUCUGAAGCGCCUAGGGGAAUUGAUUCACAACAGCUGUGUGUCAGCAAUGCAAGAAUACGAAGAGCAGCUGAAAGAAAAUGCCAGCGAGGGGAAAGGACCAGGGAAAAAGAGAGGCCCAACUAUCAAGAUAUCUGGGGUUCAGGUUAAUGUGAAAUCUAUUAUCCAACAUGAAGAAGAGUUUGAGAUGCUGCAUAAAUCUAUCCCUGUAGACCCUGAAGAAAAAAAAAAAUACUGCUUAACCUGUCGUGUCAAAGCUGCACAUUUUGAUGUCGAGUGGGGAGUAGAGGAUGAUUCUCGCCUAUUGCUGGGAAUUUAUGAACACGGCUAUGGAAACUGGGAGCUAAUUAAAACGGAUCCAGAGCUUAAGUUAACUGACAAAAUCCUGCCAGUGGAGACAGAUAAGAAGCCCCAGGGAAAGCAGCUGCAGACCCGAGCGGACUACUUGCUGAAGCUGCUCAGGAAGAGUCUGGAGAAGGAGGGGGCCGUGACGGGCGGGGAAGAGGCCAAAUUAAAGAAGCGGAAGCCUCGAGUAAAGAAGGAAAACAAAGCACCGAGGCUGAAAGAUGAGCACGGAAUUGAGUUUUCAUCUCCUAGACACUCAGAUAAUCCAUCAGAAGAGGGAGAAGUAAAGGAUGAUGGUUUAGAAAAAAGUCCAAUGAAAAAGAAACAGAAGAAGAAAGAGAACAAGGAGAACAAGGAGAAACAAAUGAGUUCUAGGAAAGACAAGGAAGGGGACAAGGAAAGGAAGAAAUCAAAAGAUAAGAAAGAGAAGCCUAAAGGUGGUGAUGCCAAAUCUUCAAGUAAAUCAAAGCGAUCUCAGGGUCCUGUCCAUAUUACAGCAGGAAGCGAACCUGUCCCCAUUGGAGAGGAUGAGGAGGAUGAUCUGGACCAGGAGACAUUCAGCAUAUGUAAGGAGAGGAUGAGGCCUGUGAAAAAGGCACUGAAACAGUUGGAUAAACCUGACAAGGGGCUCAGUGUACAGGAACAGCUGGAGCACACCCGGAACUGCCUGCUGAAAAUCGGGGACCGGAUAGCCGAGUGCCUUAAAGCUUACUCAGACCAGGAGCACAUCAAACUGUGGAGGAGGAACCUAUGGAUUUUUGUUUCCAAGUUUACAGAAUUUGAUGCUCGAAAAUUGCAUAAGUUAUACAAGAUGGCUCACAAGAAAAGGUCUCAAGAAGAAGAGGAGCAGAAGAAGAAAGAUGAUGCGAUUGGUGGUAAAAAACCAUUUCGACCAGAGGCCUCGGGUUCAAGCCGGGAUUCCCUGAUGUCUCAGUCCCACACCCCGCACAACCCUCACCCUCAGAAGCCUCAUUUGCCUGCCUCUCAUGGCCCACAGAUGCAUGGACACCCAAGAGAUAACUAUAGUCACCCCAACAAGAGACACUUCAGUAAUGCAGAUCGAGGCGACUGGCAGAGGGAAAGAAAGUUCAACUAUGGUGGUGGCAAUAACAAUCCACCCUGGGGUGGUGACAGGCACCAUCAGUAUGAGCAGCACUGGUACAAGGACCACCAUUAUGGGGACCGGCGACACAUGGAUGCCCACCGUUCAGGGAACUACCGACCCAACAACCUGUCCAGAAAGAGACCUUAUGACCAGUACAGCAGUGACCGAGACCACCGGGGACACAGGGAUUAUUAUGACCGGCACCAUCACGACUCCAAACGGAGGCGAUCCGAUGAAUUCAGGCCUCAAAAUUACCACCAGCAGGAUUUCCGACGAAUGUCUGAUCACCGCCCCCCUAUGGGCUACCACGGCCAGGGACCCUCGGACCAUCACCGCUCUUUCCACACAGACAAAUUGGGGGAGUAUAAACAGCCCCUUCCCCCGCUGCACCCCGCAGUCUCAGAUCCUCGCUCGCCCCCUUCUCAGAAAUCUCCUCACGAUUCCAAGUCACCCCUGGAUCAUCGGUCUCCUUUGGAGAGAUCACUAGAACAGAAAAACAACCCAGAUUAUAACUGGAAUGUUAGAAAAACAUAA